AACUGACACCCAGAAGAAGGCGGGUGGUAACUGAGAGGGGCUGAAGAGAUGCUAUAGGAGGAGACGUAUAGCAGGAUAGAGCUAAAGCAGUGAAGGGGGCAGAGAGAGUGAAACUUAAGCUUUCUGGCCCUGAUUUUCCAUCCCUAAAGGCAUUCUGUGGUUUCUAAAAAAAGCCCUGUAUAUUUGAAGUAUCGCAUCACGUGACCAGGGCUGUAUUUAUGAAUCAAAGAGUUCAGUGCUUUCUGAGAGAAAGACAGAAAACGACAGAAAACACAAAGAGAGAGAGCAACUACAGGGGGACGCUUUACUGUACGCAAAACUACAACGGCUGUAAAGAAGACAUGCAUGGCAGAGAAAGUUUGAUUGAAAGAGGGAGGGCAAGAAUGCCAGAGAGCGAAUGAGGAGGUAGAGGGAGUGGUGGUGGAGGGGGGAGUGAAAGAGAAAAGGCGGAAUGCAACAGGCUUCUUUAUUCACACAGAGAGACACAUCUGACUUAUACAAGUCAACCGAGCUGCUCUCAUACGCUCAGUUCAAGCUUUCCCUCCAGACCUUCAAUCACUAUAUCAGGCAUCUGUUGGAUUACUGUGCGUCAAUUCUGGAUCACUUGCUGAGAUCACCUUCCAUUCAGAUCAGUGCUGUGCAAAUGUUUAUAAUGGAUUUACGAUUAUUGCACACAGCUUAGUAAGAGAAUUCCUUUUUAUAAAAAGUGUCAAAGUGAAAAGGUAGAGAAGUGGUAAUUUAACAUCUCAACGAAAGGACCAUAGGACAGUUUUGGAUUUUGGAGGACUGCCAUCAUCAAAAUGGCAACCAAUAGGGAGAGGCCUAUGAGUCAUAUGACAGGGUUCUACCCCUUUGCCUUCAGUUCAAUGCGAAACCACUCCCCCUUUGAUCUUCUGGCCAAUGGGAGCUUAUUUGGACGAUUUGGAGCGGACCUUCCCAAAGAGAUGGCAGCUCUGUCGGUGGAGACCCAGAGCACAAGCUCAGAGGAGAUGGUUCCCAGUUCUCCUUCUCCACCCCCCCCGUGUCCUCUGCUUCGUGUGAGGUGGCUAUAUGGUGUCAGCUCUUGUGAGGGGCUGCAAGGUGGGUUUUUCCGUCGCAGUGUGCAGAAGAACAUGGUGUACACCUGCCACAGAGACAAAAACUGCCAGAUCAAUAAGGUGACACGGAACCGCUGUCAGUACUGCCGGCUGCAGAAGUGCUUCGAGGUUGGCAUGUCUAAGGAAGGUAAAAAUCAGAGCACGGUCCGGAAUGACAGGAAUAAGAAAAAGAAGGACAUCAAAGAGGAGGUGGUUCUUCCAGAAAGCUACGAGCUGAGUGGAGAACUGGAAGAACUGGUCAAUAAAGUCAGCAAAGCACACAGGGAAACCUUCCCUUCGCUCUGUCAGCUCGGAAAAUACACGACUAAUUCCAGUGCGGAUCAUAGGGUUCAGCUGGAUCUUGGACUGUGGGAUAAGUUCAGUGAGCUCUCCACCAAGUGCAUUAUAAAGAUUGUGGAGUUUGCCAAACGUCUGCCAGGUUUCACUUCACUGACCAUUGCAGACCAGAUCACCUUACUGAAAUCUGCCUGCCUUGAUAUACUGAUGUUGCGGAUUUGUACUCGCUACACUCCAGAACAGGACACGAUGACCUUUUCGGAUGGUCUGACCCUCAACAGAACACAGAUGCACAACGCUGGUUUCGGCCCACUCACAGACCUGGUGUUUGCUUUCGCCGGGCAGCUCCUGCCCCUGGAGAUGGACGACACAGAGACAGGGCUCCUUAGCGCCAUCUGCCUCAUCUGCGGAGACCGCAUGGACCUGGAGGAACCUCAUCGGGUGGACCAGCUACAGGAGCCUCUUCUAGAGGCAUUAAAGAUCUACGCUCGCCGGCGACGCCCCAACAAGCCUCACAUGUUCCCACGAAUGUUGAUGAAGGUCACUGACCUCCGAGGCAUCAGCACUAAAGGAGCAGAGCGAGCCAUCACUCUAAAGAUGGAGAUCCCAGGCCCCAUGCCUCCUCUGAUCAGAGAGAUGCUGGAGAAUCCUGAGGCCUUUGAGGAGAGCUCUGACUCUAAAGACACCGGUGCUUCUGCCCCCCUGCCACCUCCAGCCAUCCAGGCCAUCAAACGUGAGAGGGAUGAGGAAUCUGCUCUGGAGGAUGAAGAGGAUGAGGACGAUGAGUGUGCAGAGGAGGGACGGGACCGAGCAGGGGACAGCGAGGAUGAGGAAUGGGGACUCCUGCAAGUGGACAUGGGUGGAGCUAGGAAGAGUGCGACUGGAAGAGCACAGUGACUGCCGGAGGACAGUAUGUAUGUGGGUCUGAUACAUACUGUACAGAUAACAGAGGACAACAUUUGUAUUCCAGACACCUGAUCAGUUGAUACAAACAAAAUCAUUCAGUCAAGCAAUUUCCAAUAAUGACUCAAAAAAUAAAAAAUAAAAUAAUGAUAAAAAUAAGCUUCAUGUGACAAAAAACAUGCACAACUUUGCACAUCUGGAUUCCCUCAACUUUUCAAAAGCAGUAACAAUGAACCGUAAAAAGAGAAAACCUUAAGAACAAGCCAACACGGUUACUUCAGACAGUGUUUCUCUAACUAAAAAGAGAGAAAUGAAAAAGAUUGCAAGACCAGAGAAAGAUACGCCAUGGUGCCAUAUCUGGAAGUUACUUGUUGUAUGCAUAUUUUGUACUUCAUUUGGAGAUGCCAAAUAUUUCAGAAUGCAUCCCAAAGCCUUGUUCUGUAAGGGAAACAUUUUUAAUGAAUGCAUGUGGAUACAUAAUCAGAACUGAUCAAUGGAAAAGAUAAAAAGAACUGCAAACAGUCACAUACAGUAAAUAAGCAAUUCAAAACAAUGGUCCAAAAACAUACAUUUACUACAUAAUGUAACUUUGUACUCUUGAUGUUUCAUUGUCUCAGUUAUAUUUUAUUGUGAAUAUUUUCAGCAACUCUGUGCUUCUUUCUAUGUGUUAUUAUGUGUUAUUGAUGACAUGCCUCUUUACGAAACACUUCAAAUUCCCAGCCCUUCAGCCAUACAACUCUACAUCUAAAUUUGACACUUACACCAACUUUAGGUUUUGGGCAUUAGAAGUUUAUACAAAGAAAUUUAAAGAUUGAAAAAAAGACUACAUCACAUUAUUACAUAUCAAACCUUUCACUCAGGGCAAAUCAAGGACCAAAGGUGAUCUACAUGUCACAGAACAUGCAUGCACUAUACAUAUAUUUUAUCUUCAGCUAUUCUAUAUAAUUAAGCAAAAAGUAACAUUGAAAGCUAAAAUGUAUCAUUUUUCUCUGGGAUUUAGAAGAGUUGUGUGAUUAGGUAUUAAAAGCAAUAACACACUGAUACGUUAGAUAAAAAAGGAAGAAGAAGAAGAACUCUAGAGUGUCAAACAUAAGCCGAGCAUCUCAGCAAAUAUGAGCAGUGGUGUGCACAAACUGUUUCCUUUCAGUCUCGUAAUAACUGACUAUAAAUACAUUAGUUUCUUUGCAGGUGUGAAAGAAAAAUGUUACAAUUAUUGAGCUGUAUAAUAAAAGAGUUUCACAGCUCCAGCAGAUUGGAGAGGCUUCAGAAAGUGACUGAAUUGCUUUGAUAGAUGUUCAUCAAACUAUAUAUAUAAAAAAAAAAAAAAAAAAAAAAAAAAAAUCGAAUUUUGAUUAAAUCAGACAGAAUUACCGGCUUCAUAAGAGUGAUAAAAUAAGAGUGGUCGCUUUGUACAAUUCAUAUCAUAAAUAAUGGAAGAGUUGUCUAAUUCAACCAAAGAUUUUUUUUUAACCCUAACAUUAACCAUAACCAAUAAGCCAUUUUUUUUUAAACUCCAUAACAGCAUUGUUUGACGUGUGUUGGAUCACCAUGUAUUUAUACAUAUGGUAAUCAUUCAGAAUAACACCUGCAUGUUAAUACCAUGGUAUUGAAUGAUUACCAUAUUCAUAUACCAUGUUGUUUACAUUUUAAUACAAAUGUGCUUCAAAACUUCAAAGAGUACUAUGGUAUUAAUAACAUGCUAUUACUAUGUUAACAAUUAUUUGUAGGUGAGAAUUAUCAUAGAGUAGGAUGUUUUUGAUUAAAAAGCACCCUACAAAAUUAGUUCUAUAGUGAGUUCUGUAGUCUAUAGCAUUUUUUCAGUAUCCUUUUUGUCCUUCCGCCCUGCUAAGGUCUGUGCACGCCACUGAUGACAACGUUAUACCUCCUCACAUGACAGAACAGUGUUACCAAAACAACUCAAAAGCUUCUGAUUAUGUUCUGAUAUAUAGAAGCAGCACAGCAAGAUAUCUGGGAUAGAGCCAUAUGUUUUAAGGUUGUAAGCUGCGUGCAUGCAUACUUGUAUACUAUUUGCUUAAAACUGUAAAGAUAUCUCUUUUUUUACUUUUAUCUUUCUAUUUUUGUGUUACUGCAAACCAUUUUAUUUUAAUACAUCAAGAGGACAUCUCAGACUUUUUGACUUGUUUUGAAAUGUUUUCUCUUAAAAUAAUUUCAAACAUAAACACAUCAUAGGCCAUACAUGUUCUUUUAUUUAUUGCUUAUUUAUCCUCGUCUUGUUACAUUUUUUUCUGUCUGUAGUCAGUGAUGCAUGUUAUGAACUGGGUUUUUGACCGCUCCCAUAAUUCCUUGUCUAUCUCUUAUUGAUAUCCUCUCACAGUGUGGAGGAGUUUGUCUGUAUGUAUCGCCAUUUUAAUAAUCAACCAAAACGUAGAUGUGCUUAGACAACAAAAUGAGAUCAUUUCCAUUGAUCUCAGAACAAAAUGAAUGCAUGAUUACCACAGAGUAUGCUGGAUAAAUCUGCAGUGAUCAUAAUGUCUAGCAGCUUCAUGUAAAUGCACUGAUCCGGAUAUGUGACAGGGUAAAUAUGGCCUGCAGCAGCAGCAGCAGUAAACGGUGCUACUCAACAGAAUUGAUCUCUUCUCAGACCAAAGACAAAUUUGCAGUUUUUGUUUUGGCAUGUACAUGCAUCCACAUAUGUGUGUAUGUUAUUCCCAAGAGAAAAUAGCCACGUCUCUGGAAAUAUGAUAAAAGUCCCUAUAAAUGCAUUAACCCUUCCAAGUCAGUUUAGCAUUGAUAAAUGUAUUAAUGUAGCGGUCCAUGGCAAAGUGUAAUUUAAGAAGGCCACGGGAUAUUAAUGUUUUUGCGAAUUAUCAGAGCACAUGUUUUUUGGCAUACUUUCUUUCCCCUCCAGACUCAGUGUCUGUUUCGUAAAUUAAAAAUGAGAUAUUGGAUUUAAUUCAAGACUUUGCUUUUUAUUUUAUUUUUUUUAUUUCUUAAAUAGUGUUUAUCUUUUGUGCUUGUAUUUUGCCAUUUAGUGCAGUAGAGGUCAAUUUUUUCCUUGGUGGUUUGGAAUAUGUGUAUAUUCCUUUUUUUUUUUUUUUUUUUGCAUUAUUUGUUGCUAAAUUUGUCAUUUUAUUUGUGACUUGGUCUCUUCUGGGUUUUAAAACAUAGGAAACAUGGUUAAGGUUUAGAACUGCUAAGAAGAAUACACAGACAAGUUUGUGUUUUAAUGCAUAUUUUUAAUUUUACAAAAUUAUUUGUAUUGAUCUUUGUUCAUUUGUAUUUUCUUCUUUUUGUUCUAAUUACUAAAAGUCGUUAACUAUGGUUUCACAAACUAUGUUCUUUCUUGUAAAAAGGAUAUCUGUUUUUAUUAUUAUUAUUAUUAGCAACAUGUUUUAAAUAUAAUAGCAUUUAAUGUUUGUUUGUAUAUUUUCCGCCAUGUCCCAUCUCCCAUCUCCCCAUUCUAAUUUAGCAUUUUCUUGUUUUUAGCAUUUGUCUCGGUUAUGUGCCUUGCAAAAAAUGUUCCAAAUGCCUUGCACAACUUAUGGAAAUUGUUACAAGAAUCUUACUGUACAUGCAAGUUAAAGUCCUUAAGUAUUAAUGACUUUAAAUGAUGUCCACAUAAUGUCUGGCUACAUUCUUUUUUAAAAUACUUUGUUUUCCAAAUGUUUUGAUUUUAUAAAGAAAUUUCUCAUCAAAUUCUGUGCAGUCAUACUUUCCUCUUCAACUAGGAGAGGUAACUUUUUGUGUUUUCUUAUAAAGCAUUUAUCUUAACUGGGAGUGUUUCAUAGAUCCAGAUUCUGUUUCAUCCUGCUGUAUUAUCUCAUGCUGUGCCAUUGCAGACUUUUUUAACAAAUUUGCCCCCUGGUGAGUAAAAUUGUUCAAUAAAUGAUGAAAUGAGAAAUGAUCAUAAGAUCAAUUUUAGGAUGGUUUCUGUACAUCAUUUUAUAAAUGAGGCACCUGGCCUUUACCCAGGGAGUUGUACUUCUAAAAUAAAAUGCUUAGCUUUUCAACAAUAAGAACCAUUCUGCUCAAUAACAAGUUGCUAAAUGUUUAUUGGAUAAAACCAGAUGGAUUUUAUGCUUGAUUGCUUUCCACAUUUAGUCUUAGUGACCAACGAAAUCUCCAAUGCAGUGCAGUGUAUGAAAACUGUGAGAAGAUAAAGCUCAAAUUACUACAAGACAACUCAAUAUUGUUACGAUCCACCUUCAUGUUAAAGGUAUUUAACGCUUCUGGAUCUCAUUACUAAAAUGUUAUCUUUACUAUAUGAAAUUAUAUUUACAUAUUAUAUUAUUUAAUAAUAGAAAAUAUUUGUGAGUCGCAGGUUCCACAAUUUAUUAAUGGGCCAAAAGGAUACAGUGAGAUUUUAGAGCAAAAACAUACAGUAGGCAGUUAGUACUGUACGCAUCUCUCAUUGAAUGCUUCUGUUGAAAAUAACUAGACUCAACACGGAAGAUACAGUAUGCAUCAAUUGUUUUAGACUCCUUGGCACCACACCAGAAAUGCUUUUGGUUAGGAGGGUCAUUCUUUAUAAUAAAUAGAGAACAAAAAUACAGGCAAAAAGAAUAAGACUAAAUAAAUGACUGCUAUGAUUAAUGUUCUUUGAACAAGAUCGAUAAUGUGCUUCACAUUAUUAUUUGAAUUUGUUUUUUUUGUUUUUUUAACAAGCUAUAGCCUUUACUGGCCUCAUUUAUCUGACCACCUCAAGGGCUGUUUCUAUAGUAACUUGUUUUAUGUGCCUCUGUCUUCAUGUAUAUUUGAAAUGCUAGAAAUAAGGCUACUGUAAUACAGUAAUGUAAAACAGUGAGGACAUGCAAGAAAGGGGAAGUCUUUCACUGGGAAGUCGUGGCCUAGUGGUUAGAGAGUUUGACUCCUAACCCUAGGGUUGUGGGUUCGAGUCUC